AUGUCCAUCUCUGAGCCGGGCUCUGCGGAGCGCUUCACCUCAGCCCUGGAGGAGACCCACAGACAGCACCUGAAAGCCCAGGACCACAUCACAGAGAUGGCCUCAGAGCUGUUCCAGACACACAAGCACUUCAUCAAGUCUGCACAGGAUACCUGUAUGAAGAAGUGUAAGGAGGACGAGAUGCUGUUUGAUACAAUAGAGCCGUUCAAAAAAGACCUGGAACAGAAGAACAAGUCGCUGCAGGACAAACGCUCGGCCAUCUCCGAGGUCACGUCCGGGCUGCAGCAGAAGCAGCUGCAGAAAGAACAGAUCCUGCUCAAGAUGGAGAAGGUGAGGGAGGAGCAGGCCAAGAGGAGAGACGCCAUCGAAGCCCAGAACAAGGCCAACAAGAAGAGGCUGAAGAACCUGCAGGCGGCCCGCCACAUGUUCCAGGAGCAUCUGGGGCUGGAGAUCCGCGCCAUCACCGGGAACCACCAGGCCUCAACAGGAGAAAAACUGCAGUUCAUCUUCCGGAAUAUCAACCGCUCCGAUUUAACCAGCGCCUACAUCGUGACGCUGGGGAUCAACGCAGAGGGCGUCUACCAAGUGGUGAGCAGCGACCCGCCUCUGGAGCGUCUGCAGAGUCUGGAGCAGCGUCUUCAGGAGAGCAACAACCUGGCAGCGUUUCUGUCCAACACACGCCGAGAGUUCCAGGCCCUCGCUCCACAUUAA